UGAUCUUCUUACCGCUCAAGUGCGAUCCUUCGGUACUGAAGACCGGCCCACGGACAGACCUGCUCCUCCCAGAGAAGAAAUCUAUGAAUACAUCAUUUUUCGAGGCAGUGACAUCAAAGACAUCACUGUCUGUGAACCUCCAAAAGCUCAGCAUACUCUGCCACAAGAUCCUGCCAUUGUUCAAUCUUCACUGGGCUCUGCCUCUACAUCAUCCUUUCAGCCACAUGUGCCUUACAGCCCGUUUAGAGGUAUGCCACCUUACAGCCAGCUUGCAGCCAGCUCUUUACUUAGCCAGCAGUAUGCAGCUUCAUUAGGUUUAGGUGCUGGUUUUCCUUCUGUUCACCCGGUCCGCAAAAGCCCCAUGGUGGAACAGGCUGUUCAGACCGGGCCAGUUGACAACAUGAAUUCCCAAAAGCCACCCCCAGUGAAAGUAAAUCCCGGGGUUCAGCGCAACGGGCGGCAGGUUCCACAGGGCAGCACUAAGGCAAAUGAUACAGUUCAGGCAGCACCUGUGCAAACCCAGGGGCAGGUGAAUGAUGAGAACAGAAGACCUCAAAGGAGAAGAUCGGGAAACAGGAGAACCAGAAACCGUUCUAGAGGACAAAACAGACCAACUACUGUGAAGGAAAAUACAAUAAAGUUUGAAGGUGACUUUGACUUUGAAAGUGCAAAUGCACAAUUCAACAGAGAGGAACUUGAUAAAGAAUUCAAGAAGAAACUGAACUUUAAAGAUGACAAAGCAGAGACGGGGGAAGAAAAAGGGGACCCUGGAGUGGCAACUCAAAACAAUGAUGGCAGUGCAGAGGAGGACCUUCUGGGACCCAACUGCUACUAUGAUAAAUCCAAGUCUUUCUUUGACAACAUUUCCUCAGAACUGAAGUCUAGUUCCAGGCGCACCACGUGGGCUGAAGAGAGGAAGCUCAACACGGAGACGUUCGGGGUGUCCGGCCGGUUCCUCCGUGGCCGCAGCUUCCGCGGUGGGUUCCGAGGUGGAAGGGGCAGCGGUGCAGCGAGGCGGAACCAACCCACUCACAGAGCUGGUACUGGCAGAGUGUAA